CACAAUGAUAAUGCAAGGCAGGCAAGGAAAAGUGAGCACCUCUCUUGAUAUAUCUAUACUCCUUUUAUCUGUUGGCCUCCUGUAACCCAUCUUCUUUCCUCUUAAACUCCAUAUCAGUACUCAAUGAUCAUGGAAGGAAAGCAAGGAGAAGUCAUCUGGCCUAGACUGGUAGUCAAUAAGAUCCUGCGGAGGGGAUUCGGUAGCAACAAUUUUGUUGCAGACUUUCCAAACAAUACUGAGACUAUGCAAGAAAUUCCAAUUAGUUCAGAUAAUCAAGAACCUCUCAACCUCAAGAAUACAGCUUCUAGUGAUCAGAAAGACGUACAUAAGUACAAAUUGUUUGCUAGUACGUGGAAUGUCGGUGGAGCUGCACCACCUGAGAAUUUGAACUUGGAGUAUCUGCUGGACACACAAAAAAAUCCUUGUGACAUCUAUGUUCUUGGGUUCCAAGAAAUUGUAACUCUCAGCGCCGGGAAUGUUCUAGGCUCUGAAAACAGUAGAAAUUCCAUGAAAUGGAAUUCUUUGAUUAGAGAAGCACUGAACAAGGAAGUACCCACCUCAGAUAAUACAAAAGAACCUGAUGUUCCAAGUGACUUCCAAUGCAUCAUAAGUAAGCAGAUGGUUGGAAUAUUUAUAUCAGUUUGGAUUAGAAGUGAUACCCGGGAGUAUAUCAGAAACCCAAAUGUGUCAUGUGUAGGCUGUGGUAUCAUGGGUUGCCUAGGAAAUAAGGGUUCGGUUUCAGUUCGAUUUUCCUUUCAUGAAACAAGCUUCUGCUUUGUGUGUUGUCAUUUAGCUUCUGGAGAGAAAGAAGGAGAUGAGAAGCAUAGAAACUCAAAUGCAACAGAGAUUUUGUCUAGAACAAAAUUUCCUCGUGGUCCUUCUCUUGAUUUGCCGAGGACAAUUCUUGAUCACAAUCGGAUAAUUUUGCUCGGCGACUUGAACUAUAGAAUAUCCCUCCCUGAGGCAAUGACACAAUCUUUUGUAGAGAAAGGAGACUGGAAUUCAUUAUUAGAAAAUGACCAGUUAAGACAGGAGCUCAUGGAGGGACAAGUCUUUGAAGGUUGGCAUGAAGGGGUAAUCCAAUUUGCUCCAACAUACAAAUAUUGUCCUAAUUCCAAUGUAUAUUAUGGGUGUGGUCAAGGCAAAAAGGGUGAAAAAAAGAGAGCUCCUGCAUGGUGUGAUCGGAUACUUUGGUUUGGGAAGGGGUUGAGGCAAAACCAGUACAGUAGAAGUGAAUCAAUGUUGUCUGAUCAUAGACCCAUCCGAGCAAUUUUUACAGCAGAGGUCGAGGUCCUAAGAACUUCAAAAGGAAUUGAAGGGAUUUUCUUGUCAAAGAGUUGAGGGCCUAUCAAACCAUUUUGACAAGUGCUCAAAAGAUAAAUUUCAAUGUAUAGAAUCGAAGAUCAAGUUGGUUUUUUUUUUUUGUAAAAGCGUAACAUCAAGCUCCAAAGUUUAAUUAAGGACAAACGGCAGAAAUAUAUUAUGAGUGAAAUAAUGUUUCUUUUUUUUUUUUCCUUCAAAG